AUGGCAAGCUUCAGUUUUGGUAGACGGCCGAGUGUACCAACCCAAGCGAAUGAGACUAUAAGCAAUGAAGAAACCGACAACGAGAAUGGGUGGCUACCAGACGCAAAGACAUCAAAGGACAAUUCUCCAGAAACUAGCUCCACGCAGUACGAGCAGAAUAUAGUUCCACGAACCAACGACAUCAACGACCUCUCCAUUGCAGCCCGUGUCCUAAGUCGUAUCGCUUCGAGCACAACUAUCGACCCUGGACCUCCUCCGGACGGAGGCUUUCGAGCUUGGAUGUGUGUUCUUGGAGCACACCUAGUCGUCUUGAACACUUGGGGCGUGAUCAACUCCUUUGGUGUUUUCCAGAGCUAUUAUGUGGAAGCUCUCUCCAGAUCCCCACCAGACAUCGCAUGGAUCGGUUCCAUUGAGAUAUUCUUCUUAUUCUCCAUCGGCACCUUCACCGGCCGCCUUACUGAUGGCGGCUUCUUUCACCCCAUCGCUAUUUUUGGCGCUGUCUUGGUUGUCACCGGAACUCUGGUCACUUCAGCGUGCACACAAUAUUGGCAAAUAUUCCUAGCCCAGGGCGUGUGUGUGGGCCUGGGAAAUGGCUGUCUCUUCUGCCCAAGUAUUGCUCUUGUAUCGACAUACUUCCAGAAGCGCCGUUCUAUUGCAAUUGGCGUCGUGGCCUGUGGAAGUACAACGGGAGGGGUGAUUUUCCCCAGCAUUGCUCGGGAAUUACUGCCGCGUAUUGGGUUUGCUUGGACGAUAAGGGUCAUCGGUCUCGUUCAGGCAGUGUCCCUCGUCGUAGCGCUAGCAUCCUUGAAGUCACGGAUCCCGCCUCGUAGGACCGGCAGUCUCGUGGAGUGGGCAGCGUUCAAAGAAAUGGAGUACUCCUACUAUGCUAUCGGCGCAUUCCUGUCCUUUUGGGGAACAUUCGUCGCCUUUUUCUUCGUCGCCGCGUAUGCUCGCGACAUACGUGGCUUUUCUUACACCAAGUCGCUUGACCUACUUAUGAUAAUGAGUGGUAUUGGGGUUCUUGGACGUCUUAUACCCAACUAUUUGGCAGAUCGAAUUGGUGCCCUUACAGUGUUCGUUCCCACUGCUGGGCUGGCAGCGUUGAUGAUACUCUCUUGGAUAGCUGUCGAUUCUCAGACUGGACUCUAUUUCUGGGCUUGCUUCACCGGUAUUGCCCUAGGUGGUGUCCAAGCCAUGUUCCCAUCAGCAUUAGCGUCCUUGACAUCGGAUCCCAGCAAGCAGGGGACGAGGCUCGGAAUGAUCUUCACUAUCGUCAGCUUUGCCGCCUUGACGGGGAACCCUAUUGCGGGCGCGCUUCUGUCCGCCGCCCAGGGCAAGUAUAUCGGUACCCAAGCAUUUGCGGGAACGACGUUGGCUCUAGGCAUGCUUUUCUUGGCUGCGGCGUGGGUGGUGCAGAGAAGGAAGCAAGGAAAGUCCACGUAA